AUGGCCGCCGGGCAAUACCCCAGCACAACUCUGUUCCGUUUGGAAACAUGCACACACGGGUACAGAGUGACAAUCGUGCUGCCGGAAACGGAAGGGAACGGUGGCCGCGUCGAGUGCACCUGCAGAGUCCCUACCAGAUUCCACCUCCUGUGCCAGGACGCCCUCGCGGUGUUGAAAUCAAUCAACAGGCUUGACUGCACGAGGGCGCUUAUUGACAGCGGGUACACCCUGGCUUCCUACAGGGUGCUCCACACCCACCCCGACUAUCCCGUCGUACUUCCGAUCUGGUCAGAGCUUUCCAAGGGCGACCUCCUGCCCCCGCGGCAGGUGACCCGGCAAGCUGGUGCUCCGAAGAAGAACCGUGGCCCCCGGCAGCGUUCCCGAUUCCCUGGUCGCAACGACAACUGCCAGCGCGGACGCGGCAACGUAGCCCAAGAUGGAGGUGGUCGUGGCGGCGGGCCUGCCGCCGGGGGAGGGGGUGGUCGUGGCGGGGGCGGCAACUCUCGGCCCGUCCCGGUACAUGGGAUGGGCAGUGUUCGCAGCCACGUGGGAGACCUCAACGUCGGAGGUUCCGCGGGCGAGCGACCUACCGGGAGGUUGUGGGGGGGGCUCGCGGUUCAACGCUACGGCUCGCAAGACGCUUCCGGCCGCGACCAUGCAGCGGGGGCAGGGGCCGGAUCAUGCGCUAUGCUNGACAACUGCCAGCGCGGACGCGGCAACGUAGCCCAAGAUGGAGGUGGUCGUGGCGGCGGGCCUGCCGCCGGGGGAGGGGGUGGUCGUGGCGGGGGCGGCAACUCUCGGCCCGUCCCGGUACAUGGGAUGGGCAGUGUUCGCAGCCACGUGGGAGACCUCAACGUCGGAGGUUCCGCGGGCGAGCGACCUACCGGGAGGUUGUGGGGGGGGCUCGCGGUUCAGCGCAACGGCUCGCAAGACGCUUCCGGCAACGACCACGCAGCGGGGGCGGGGGCCGGGUCAUGCUCUAUGCUGAGUCAAUCCCAAGGCUCCAUCGACCUGUCGUAG